AUGGAAAGGCCAGGGGCCCAGCCUACAGGCCUGGAGGAUAGGCUACGCGGUCUUAUACUCUCCAACAAUGGAAACGACAUUGGUUCCUUGCCCUCUCCCUCACCCUCACCGGCGAAGAACCCCGUCGACAUUCCAAGUGGGGUAGCACGGGACUCAGUCCUGGAUUCCGACAUUCAGCCUUUGCCCGGCCCGCCCGACGUCGCGGCUGCCAAGCAGCCCAAGACUGGACGGAAGCGUUUAAAUCAGGCCCAAAGGCGGGAACUUUCUGCUCAACUGUCUAUCCCCAUCGAUCCACGCCCUUUGACAUCCAGUAAUAACUGGGGAUCACCUCCGGGUUCCGGUGCCCAUCGGUACAAUGCCCAUCCACACCAAUACUCCCACAGAUCCCAGUCGGCUACACUAAACCAGUUCGAUUCCAACUUUCAUGGGUCCCCACCCAGUCAUCGAUAUAUGAAUCACCGCCAGAACCUACCGAGCAAUGGACCUCCUGGAUUUGAGGACCAGUGGCGACCUCAGCAUGGUGGGAACCCUGACGCAAUGCUAAGGAAUCGACACCAGCAGUAUCCGAGACCUCAAUUUGAGUCUAGCUCAGGCCACAGAGGUUCACAUACAGGGGGAGGUCAGGGACGGUAUCCCCCCUUGACACAAGAGACUCUGGACAACCAGGCGGCACUUUUGAACGGGCUGUGCGAAACCAUUAUCAAGGAUGCCGAGAUUUCAUUUGAAGAGAUCGCAAGAAACGAGCAGUUUCGCCUCAGGAUUGAGUACAUCUGUCGCAAAACCAUCGCACAACACGAGCUGCAGUAUGAACCAAACUUCAUUCCCGAGACGGUGCAGCUAAGGUGCUUUGGCAGCCUUUCCUCUGGGUUUGCUACCAAGGCGUCAGACAUGGAUCUAGGUCUUCUAUCACCGCUCUCUUUUCCUCAGCCUGAUGACGGCAACUCACCUGUACCACGACUUUUGGAAAAGGCAUUUCUUGAAGCUGGACUGGGAGCCAGAUUACUCACACGCACAAGGGUGCCCAUAAUAAAGCUUUGCGAGAAGCCUUCGGAGCAGCUUUACAAGGCCCUUUGCCAGGCAAGAGUAAAAUGGGAGAGGGGAGAACCAGAAGACCACGGUGCUAGCGGCGAUGAAGCUGCCGAUGAUGAAGACGAAGAUACAAGUCCUGCAGUAACCGAACCGCAGGAGACUGCCACUCUGUUAUCACCCGCAUCCGAUGUUGCUCUGAGCAACCCAGACCUGUCAUUGGUUCCGGGAUCUGGGCCAUAUGAGGAUGAACUUGCCAAGUUGAGACAGAUUGGCACCACAAGCCUCGGCAAUUACUUCAACUCGGCAAAGAAGCUCCUUAGAAAGUUUGGCAAACGCGACAUAAACAGUACUAACGCUAGCGAGCUUUCGGAGGAUGACCUUCAAGUUGUAACAGACGUCGCAUACGCCUUUGUCUAUGGUUUGGCCGACGAGGAGCUCAAAACCCGCCUCAUGAGCAGAUAUUCUGUCUUCGCCGGCACUGAGUCACGACAUACCCACUACCGCUGUCUGUCAGGAAUGAUGGCCCAGAUAGAAGGCGAGCUUUUGGCAAUGGCGUGGGACAAACGAUCACUCCCGGAGAAAGACCUGCGCUCAGAGAGUGAAGCCAACAACAAGGUCAAGUAUUGGGGAGUACUGCAGGAUCAGAGGUCAUUUGGAACUGACCCGCUGGGCUUUAGUAAGGAACUCAAGCUUAUGCGGAGCAUGCUCCAAAAUAUCCCUUCGCUCCAAAUCCAGACCUUAAAGCAGUUGCAGAGCGAGUCGGCCGUCGAAUAUCAUCAGCGAACGGUCAAGCUUUGCAUGGAGCUCGGCAUUUACGACGCAGCAAACCCUGACAAUCCUCGCCUACCGAUUGCCAUUCGCCAAUAUGCACUGGGCAUCUGGGAUCACAAGAUCCGCGACCAAGUGCUUACUUGUAUCGACAGCAUGGGCGUCAUCAGCUUGAAGGCUGUUGCACGACUACACAAGAGCCUCCAAUUGGCAGCCGACUUUGAGAAGGCUCUUUCCAAGGGCUUCUACCCAAACGACAUUGAACUUGUAAAAACGUACAUUGGUAUGCUCCGGAGGCCAUUGCAGCGUUCAAACCCUCCGCAUCACUACUACGACUAUGUGGUGCCCCUGACCCCUCAAGAUAUGGCCACUGUACAGGCAGUCAAAACCCUUUCAGACCCCUCGGUCGCCGUUCGCAAGGCCCCGCGCGAUCCUUUCGGCAAUGGGCUAGAGUUUCCGAAGUCUGGUGUUGGUGUUCAGUGCGACAUCAACUUCUCGGCGCACCUCGCCCUGCAGAACACACUGCUUCUUCGAUGCUACUCAUAUGUAGACCCCCGAGUACGUCCCAUGGUACUCUUUGUCAAGCAUUGGGCAAAAGCCCGUGGGAUCAACACUCCGUACAGGGGAACUCUGAGCAGCUACGGCUACGUUCUCAUGGUACUGCACUACCUAGUGAAUGUUGCACGACCUUUUGUCUGCCCUAAUCUGCAGCAACUGGCAAGGCCACCGAACCCGCACAUGACUCCAGCAGAGAUGGAGGCAACUCAGUUUUGCAAGGGUAAAGACGUGCGGUUUUGGAGAGAUGAAGAGGAGAUAAAGGGCCUAGCGAGUCAAAAUCUACUCACGCAAAAUCGGGACUCGGUUGGACACUUGCUGCGCGGCUUCUUCGAGUACUACGCGCAUCCAGGUGCCCUGAGUAUAGGGCAAGGUCAUGGAUUUGAAUGGGGGCGUGAGGUCCUGAGCCUACGAACGCUGGGCGGAAUCUUGACAAAGCAAGAAAAGGGUUGGACUGGCGCCAAGACGGUCAUUGUGCGACAGCCAAGUACACCCGCCAGUGCUUCCGAGACACUUUUUGAGCCUCCAGGCCAACUUGCUACCUCACCGCGCUCUACCGUUGCGCCUCGACAGGCCGCCAGCACGGAAACGAAGGAGGUUCGCAAUCGCUACCUCUUUGCAAUCGAGGACCCGUUCGAGAUUGACCACAACGUUGCGCGAACAGUGACGCACAACGGAAUCGUCGCCAUCCGUGACGAGUUUAGACGGGCGUGGCGCAUCAUCCGGGGCGUUAGCAAGGCGACCUCUCCCAGCGAGAAUUUGUUACAAUAUAUCGAAACGGAUCGUGAUAACGAGGUCACUAGCCACUUGAGCGAACUUGUUGAUGAGAUUCACGGCGUUGGGCGCAAGGGCAUUUCCUGA